UGACGGGUGCGAGUCGAGGCGUGGAGAGGUUGGCGCGGAGAACGACAACAGCGCGCAGAGGAACACGGAUGGUGUGGACCCCGACUUGGUUCUACAGUGUCGUAUGAGAGCAACAAUGUUGUGGUCUUUGCCACGGGGUGGGUUGAGAAGGAAAGACUGAUGUGAGAUGCAGCCUCGUGGAAGAGAAAACAGAUGAGGAAGCCGCAGACCAACAGAUGGAAGGGGCGCUCCAACGUCCCUUCCAUCAGACGUGGGUAAGGGGACCAGAUGUUGCAGGGAUACACUUCUUAGCGUCCACGCUAAGAAAGACCCACUUCUGUGGGCAUCUUGCCGUAAAUUACGUGCCUAGCAUCGCAAAGCGCUGGCUAUCCGCCGCGACCCAUGCUUCCACCGGCGCUCUCCUGUGCCACAGCAACUUGGUACUAGGUAACAGACGAACCAUCUUUAUUAAUUACUUAGCACCUUUUCCGCCAGAGUUGGCAAUGGUGCCAAAUGGUGCAAUGUUUCAGAUUGUUCCGUGCGGAUCUGGUACCGUUCGUCCCAGGUUCACCGAACAGCGGAGCCGAUGGACUGACACGCUACCGCUAUUACGCUAUAUGCAUCUAGAGGACAGAUCAAUCUUGUUUCGCCGAUUUUCUACUGCCAUAGUUAUACUGCCAACGCAGAACGCCACAGCUUCUGCCUGAACAAGUUAAAUGGGGUCGCCGCCGUUGAGCUAUCCAUGGAUGGUUCGAGCAUCAACUAGCUUCAACUACCACGAUGCACCAUAAUCCACACAAACCUUGCUUCAGUGUCGCUACACACAAGGCGACCAUCACGUCGCGACACCCAAAGUCGAUCGUAGAUAUUUUGUUUUCCCGAGACUGGGU